UUAAUCAACCAAUUAUAAAGUUAAUUUGAUUGUCAUAUCAACUUGAUUAAAAAAUUAUAUUCCAAAAGUUUAGGUUUAAUUGAUUUGAUAAUUAUCAUACAACCAUUUAAAUACACCCCAGAGACAAAUGCUGCACUCUUUAUCUAUGGGCUUGAUGGUUGAUGAUAGAGUUGUCUGGAAGAGCCCAGUAAAAGUCAUGGAUCCAGUAAGUCAAAUGAUUCAGACGAAGAGAACACCCCCAGCUAGUAUCUUGGGACCCAAGGAAGUUCGUUCGAUCACUUUGUUACAAGAACAAGAGAGAAAGAAGCACCAGAAAAUCACAACAUUGCAUCAUUUACCAAAACAAACUCUCAAACGGAUAGUGACUGCGGCCAUAUAUGCUUGGAAAAAGUAGCAAGCUUAACCCCUCCAGCCAUCGUUUCAUCAUUCAACGGAUCAGCCACGUCCUCUAACUGGACCUGCAAGAACAGCAAGGGUUCCAUAGGGCAGUAAGCAAAUCUUUCCUGCAUAAAAUGGGGAACACGGCACAGAUUCUGCAACCAGUUGGAAGAAAAAGAAGGCGGCCUAUAUAUAGCAGGU